UCCCUCCCACCUGCCUGGGCCCUGCCAAAUACUCAGCCAUGUGCCUCCUGGUGCAUUCCUCCUGGGGAUAUAUUUAGCUUCCCGGCUCCUUUUUGGGGUAAAUGGCUUGGCGAGGAGGGUCCGGGCCUGGGUCACCGCUGGGGCCUGCCCUUGGAGCGGAGAGGAUGCCCGGGACGGUGGCGGCCCCUUCGUCCUCGUCGUCUUCCUCGUCGCAGGGUCGUGCCCGGGCCCGGGACCGCAACAACCUGCUGCACCGGGCCGAGUUCCUGUCCCUGAACCAGCCCCCCAAAGGCACCCAGGAGUCCCCCACUUCCUCUUCAUCUUCACGGAAGGGGGCCUCCUCUACCUCAGAUGGGGCCCCCACUGCGCCCCGGCGCUCAUCCCAGCAGCUGCCGGAGGAGGACUGCAUGCAGCUGAACCCCUCCUUCCGGGGCAUCGCCUACAGCGCCCUCCUGGCCAUCGACAUCUCCAUCUCCAAGCGGCUGGGGGUCUGUGCCAGUAGCGCUUCCUCCUGGGGCAGUGCCCGCUCCAUGGUCCUCCUGCUGGGCCUCACCGGGCACGGGCUGCCCUGGGUGGCCGGCACCCUCCUCUGCCUCGUGCGCAGCUCCACCCUGGCCGGCCAAGAGGUCCUCCUCAACCUCCUCCUGGCGCUGCUCCUGGACAUUGUGCUGGUGGCCUGGGUGCAGAAGCUGGCCAAGCGGCGGGGCCCCUUUGACGUGGCCCCAGGGGCCCUGGACUACCUGACGCUGGACCUGUACGCCUUCCCUGCGGGGCAGGCCAGCCGGGCGGCCAUGGUGGCCAAGUUCCUGCUCAACCACCUGGUGCUGGCCGUCCCGCUACGCGUGCUGCUGGUGAUCUGGGCCGGCCUGGUGGGCCUCUCCCGCGUGGUCGUGGGCCGCCACCACGUCACUGACGUCCUGGCCGGAUUUGCCUGCGGCUUCCUCCAGUUCCGCCUGGUCGAGGCCCUCUGGAUGUCCUCCAACACCUGCCAGAUGCUCAUCGCCAUGUGGUGAAGGUGCACCACGGCUCCCCUCGUGCCAAGGGCCGUGGCGCACCACAUUUUCCCUUUCACUUCCAUGCAAUCAAUGCUUGCAGUGCACUACGUCUCCCUUCUGGGUUACGUGUGGUUACGAGCACCAACGCACGAUGUCUCCUCUCUGGUUUCCAUGACAUGUGACUUUUGAGUUCCACGUGGUCAACAGCAGCAGUGCACUACGUCUCUCCUUUGGUUUCCAUGACAUAUUAUAUCUUCCCUUUGAGUUCCAUGCAGUCAAUGCCCACAACGUACUACAACUCCCUCUGGUUUAGCUAUGAAAGGCCAUGGCGCAUGACCUUUGAGUACUUUGUGGUCAGAAUCACCAAUGCACUACGUCUCCCUCUGGGUUAUGUGACACAUGACCUUUGAGUUCCAUGUGGUCAAUGGCAGCAGCGCACUAUGUCUCUCCUUCGGUUUCCAUGACAUAUCACAUCUUCCCCUUGAGUUCCAUGCAAUCAAUGCCCACAAUGUACUACAACUCCCUCUGGUUUAGAUAUGAAAGGCCAUGGCGCAUGACCUUUGAGUUCUUUGUGGUCAGCAUCACCAACGCACUACAUCUCCCUCUGGGUUACGUGACACAUGACCUUUGAGUUCCACGUGGUCAGUGGCAGCAGCGCACUAUGUCUCUCCUUCAGUUUCCAUGAAAUAUCACAUCUUCCCCUUGAGUUCCAUGCAGUCAAUGCCCGCAACGCACUACAUCUCCCUUUGAUUUCUACGUGAAAGGCCAUGGCACAUGAUCUUGAGUUCCACGUGGUCAAUGGCAGCAGUGCACUAUGUCUCUCCUUCGGUUUCCAUGACAUAUCACAUCUUCCCCUUGAGUUCCAUGCAGUCAAUGCUCGCAACACACUACAUCUCCCUCUGAUUUCCAUGUGAAAGGCCAUGGUGCAUGACCUUGAGUUCCACGUGGUCAAUGGUAGCAGUGCACUACGUCUCUCCUUCAUUUUCCAUGUGAAGGGCCAUCUUCCCCUUGAGGUCCAUACAGUCAAUGCUUGCAACGCAUUACGUCUCCCCUUUGGUUUAGAUCUCUCUGUUGGUUUCCAUGUGGUCAGCAGCACCAACGCACUACGUCUCCCCUCUGAUUUCCCUCAUGACCUUUGGGUUCCACAUGGUCAACACCUGCAACGCACUAUGUCUCACUUUUGGUGUCCAUUUUUGCUUUGGUGCCUGUAUGGUCAGCGACACACUAUGUCUCAUCUUUGGUUUCCCAUUGAGUUUCAUGCAGUCAACACCCCAACGCACUACAUCUCCCCUUUGGUUUCCCUCUCUCUUUGGAUUUCCAUGUGGCACCAACGCACUAUGUUUCCCCUUUGGUUUCCAUGUGAAGGGCCAUGGCACAUGACACCUUCAAUUUGAGUUCCAUGCACUCAACGCCCAUAACAAACUAUGCCUCCCCUCUGGUUUCCAUUCAAUCAACGAUGGUACAGUGGUGCGCUACAUCUCCCCCUGUGCGCUGAAUGGCCUUGGUGCGCUAUGUCUCCCCUUUGGUUUCCAUGUGGUCAUUCGCACCAACACAUAGGCCUCCUUUCUGGUUUCCAUGAGAAGGCACGUGACAUCUUCCCUUCGGUGGCCUUGUUGUCAGUGGCGGCGGAGCACUACGUCUCCCCUUUGACUUCCUUGUGGACAAGGCCUCCAGUGAACUACGUCUUGGCUUUUCUCCACUGGUUGGCCACGAAGUGGCUGCCAUUUUGGGAAGCCAUGCCUUUUGGAAUCUCCCUCUUUACUUCUUUGUUUACCUUUCUAGAUCAAGCAGGGGACGAUGGGAGAUGUAGUCCGACACCCCUCCGGUGCCGGCUUUGGUAGGGAAAGGCCGGGUUCAGAUGUUUGCAAAUGGAAGAAAUAAAUCACAGCUUGGUAAAAGA